UUCUUUCAAAUGAGUUAUGUGCUAUUUACGAGUGUUUGGACCAUUUUGUUUGACAAGUAACACUGUUUAUCGAAUCCAAGGCAGCAGGAAUGCAUUUUGAUAAAUUUAAAAUAAAUAAAACAAACAAGCAGGGCGAUAUAGCCGACUUUACACUUUCAUUUCAUAUGCAAAUGGGGUACGGAUGUCCCGCGUUGAUUAUUUCGCAUUAUUUUGUACAAAUUGCACAAUUACAAUUAAAUUAUACGGCCUGGCGUAAAAUGGCUGAUUAAUGUCAGUAAACCACACCCCCUCCACACCCGAAGUUCCCCCUUUGGAUCCACAAAAAACCAAUAAUGCCAAAUGAGAGCGAACGAACAGAACGAACAGAUGUGCGGCGAUAUUCAAUUUAUAUGUUUCCUAUACAAAAUAAUAACAAUAAUUAUUCUUAAUAAUUACUGCACUGCUGGGGCCGCAAUGUGUGCCUUUCGAUGGCCAUCGUUAGUAUGAUGACUGACGCCUUUCUGAGGGGAUUACUAAUAGUAUGCUGUCUGGUUGUGCCGACUCUAUGGCAGCCAUCGCUGGCAACCCGCGAUUUCGAGAUACGUUGGAGGGACAUCAACUGCUCGGUCAUUGACCCCACUACGGCGGAGAUCUUUAAGUGCGACAUCGUGGAAAUGCCAAAGAAGCAGGGCAAUUUCCUGAACACCUUCCUCCUGCUGCGCCGAGCCGUCACGAAAAUGUGGGUGGAGCUGAGUGUGGGCCAGAUCGCCAACCGAAAGGAUCGUCUGCUUCAGCAGCUCUUGAAGACUCGAGUGGAUGGCUGCCACCUGAUUGAGUUUCGCAGCAAGAACCGCAUCCUGAAUGCCGUGCUCCACAAACUCUUGCAAUCGGGAAACUAUCCAGAUGCCUGUCCCCUACUGGCGAAUGUCAACUAUACGUCCACGCGAUUUGCACUCAAUCCGGAUCAUUUUCCGGCCUACAUGCCGGACAUGAAGUUCAACACGAAAUUGGUCUUCCAGCUGAGCAGGAAUAUGGGUCUGAUCCGGGCCAGUGUGGAUGCCGAGGUGAUGAGACGAUCGUAAGGAGAAAAUAUUUCAAUAAAGCACGAAAAAAAAAAUGUAUAUAUAAGGAAAAUCACAUAAACCGGCGGCAAAUACCUAUGUACAUCGAUAUAUACUCGUACUUGUGCGUUUCCAUGACUAACUCGAAUGACUAAUAGCUUUGGCAUGGGAUUCAUUCGUCGGCACACAUUCAGAUUAGACUCCUAUCUGGGCCACUUGGCUUUGGUUUAAAGGUGAAAUAGUUAUGA